GUAAAUCCGCCAUAUUUCCCCAGUAGCAGCGUUGCGACAGAGACGGAGAGCUCAAACGACAUGAAUGUGGAGAAUAAUCAUACGGCAGAGACGGAGAGUGAGCAAACGGAGCACGGCAACGACACCAUCACCAUCCAGACCACUCUCGGAGAUGAAGAUGAAGAUGUGCACAAGUGCGGCCGCUGCCAGACCGAGUUCUCCACGCUGGAGGCUUUCAUCCAACACAAGCUGCACCACAGCUGCAAGAGACCUCCCGAGGCACCGCCUGCGACCACCCGAGACACCAGCCUAGAGGUUGCUGCAGCCGGUGCCAACUCCACCUCAGCGGUGAAGGUGGUCGAGGGCUCCUCCUCAGAUGAACAAGCCAAAAGCAACACAAAGGAUGAGACAAAGGGCCUGCUGGGUCGAGGUCGCAGGAGGAGAGUGGCUUCCCCGAAGGCUGUUGACCAGCCAGGUGGGACCGUGGAGCGCAGCGCAGACAGUGCGGACAGUGCAGACGGCUCCAAGCCGGUCUACAAAGUCAACCAAGAGGGGCGAUACAUUUGCCAGCUUUGUGAGAAGACAUUCAAAACUAGCAACAUAUUGAGAACUCAUAUGAACACUCACAGUGAGCAGAAGAACUUCACGUGCGAUCUGUGUGGGACCACCUUCCGUACCAAAGGCUCCCUGAUUCGUCACAACCGGCGUCACACAGACGAGCGUCCGUAUCGCUGCAAUUUAUGUGGUCAGUCCUUCCGAGAGUCAGGCGCCCUCACCAGGCACCUCAAAUCUCUCACACCCUGCACAGAAAAGAUCCGCUUCAUUCAGUACAAGGAGAUACUGGUCAGCAAGGAUGGAAUCCAGAAAGGAGUUGAAGAAGGUAAUGCUCCAUUGGCUGACCAGCAAGAGGUGAUGGUUGUGGAGCAGCAGCCAGAGGAGCAGGAGGUGGUGGAGGCUCAGACUGCAGUUGUCAGUGUGGUGGAGGCUGGGUCCCAAGAGGUCAUCCACCAGGUCCACUUCACCAUGGAGGUGGAUGGAGCACCACAAGAGCAAGUGUUGGUGGAGCAGUGCGAGGCCGAGGCCCUUGCAGCAGCUGCAGCCGUAGGCGACAACCUCAUCUGUCAAGCCAUCAUCAACUCGGGCAUUGCCCUAGAGACAGGGGAAACGGGAGCAGAGGAGACUGCAGAGGCAACUGAAGAUAUAUGCAAAGUCGUCAUCGGCGGUGCUGAGGUCGAAGACCAGGUGACUGAAAUCCAAGUCAAGGAGGAGUGUGUGAAGAUGGAGACAGAGGAGACCUGUGAUGGAGGAGAUGAUCAGACAUCUUCAAAGCUGCACAAGUGUCCACACUGUCACCGCUCCUUCAAGGGACUGAACUACUUGCGCUUUCAUGUCAAAGGCCACUUGGGCUACAAGCCCUUCAGGUGCACACUGUGCCAAAAGGAGUUUCUGACUGGCUACCUGCUGAAGAAGCACAUGGAGGUUCAUGUCAGCGAGAGACGGUAUAAGUGCGGUGAGUGUGGCAAGUUGUACAAGACCAUCGGGCAUGUACGUGAGCACAUGAGGGCACACUCGGACGAAAGGCCGUACCACUGUACCAGAUGCAACAAGGGAUACAAGACCAAGAACGCCUUGCAGGUGCAUCAGCGAACGCACGGCGAGGAGAAACCCUAUGUGUGUCAGUUCUGCCUGAGAGGCUUCAGGGAGAAAGGUUCUCUGGUGCGCCACAUCCGCCACCACACUGGAGAGAAGCCUUUUAAGUGCCCAAAGUGCGGACGUGGCUUUGCUGAGCACGGGACCCUAAAUCGUCAUUUGCGCGCUAAAGGUGGCUGCCAUAAGGAAGGCUCUAGUGAGCAGCAGGAGGUGGUAACAGAGGAGCAGGAGUCAGCGGACAACCUGACCAGGACGGCCAUCAUCUCAGAAGACCCGCAUGCUGUCCUGGUGGAGUUCUCCUCCGUGGUGGCAGACACACAGGAGUACAUUAUCGGGACUCCAGCAGAGGAGGCAGUGCAGGGAGAAGAGGUUACACUCAUCCAAGACAGCCAGAAUCAGAUGGGAAACCACAUCAUGAAAGUGGUACAGCAGAUUGUCAGCCAAUCGCGUGGAGGCAGUGGCACGGGCGGCCACCAGAUCAUCGUGCGCAAUAUGGCGGUGGACGAGGAGGGCGCGUCCAUCUCUGACUGCGGUGACACCAUCACCAUCGCCACGCCUGAGAGCCUGACAGAGCAGGUGGCAAUGACGCUGGCCUCUGCUAUCAGUGAUGGCACGCUGAUGGCCACAGCGGGCACCGUGGAGACGGCAGACGGAACAGUUACUAUGGUUACUGCCACGGAGGAGGAAAUGGAGCAGGGUAUAGAGGUGGUGCAGCAGCAAGAGGAAUAUAUCAUCACCUCUCCUGAAGAGGUGGAGGUUCAGACUGUCAUUGUAUGAAGUUACUGCAUGGGACUGUAGGGAUGCAGUGGUACUGUAUGAAUUGAUCACAGGAUGUAACGCCAAAGUAUUUUUAAGGUUUAUAGUUACAAAGAACAACCUACAAAGAGAAUAUUUUUGUGUGAAACACACAGAACAGGUUUGUAUAAGGACUAGUUCUGCUAUCUGUGUUUGAUUUAUUGAUUUAAAGCACUGCAUUCAGUGUGCUAGCUAACAACCUUUUGGAAUGAUACAUCAGGUUUUAGGUGCAUACGGCUUAAAAAAAUAGAUUGUACAUAUUGUACAUUUGUUAGGUCUUCGUUUUGAAGAACUGGACAGUUGUACAUUUCUUUGAAGCAGUACAAAGUCAAGACAUAUUGUUUACAUCACAUAUAGAGGCUUUUACAGCUCAAGCCUUAACCUCUUAACCAUUUGUCUUAGCCCUUGUGUGUUGUAGUCAUCUCCUCUUUAUUAUUGUCAAGACUGUGAAUUUUCUUUUUUUUGUUAAUCACAACUGUACUACCUACAAUGGCCUCAUUACAUUGCAGUUUUCAGUUCUGCUAACCUGUGUCAAGAUCAACCAGAAUUACUUUUUGAAACAUUUUACUGUUUCUGUUUUUAAAAAGAGGAAAAAAAAAACGAGUGUGAAAUGUGAUGUUCUUUAAACGACUGACCGAUCGAAACUGUGCAUGCUCUCCUGCCCAUCCGGAGCAAUUGAGGCACACAGUUGGCCUACAGAUUUCACAGGGUACAGUGAUGCUGGUUGAGCAGGUCAGUAAGAUGCUUCUCCCAGCAUGACAAAUACACCAACACCAGUGCAGAGACAUAGUAAUGUGGUCUGUUUCCUAGAGUUUGCAUCAAAUAAAUGCUAUUUUCUAGUACAA